AUGAAUAAUGAUGAUGACAGUGAUAGUGAUCGUGAUAGUAAUAAUGAUGAUGUUGAUGAUGAUAAUGAUGAUGACGAUGAUGAUGUAUCAGACAAUCCGAAAUCAUUGGAACAAAUACAAACCAACCCUAUGGUAGUUUUUCAGGAGAGGAAGAGAUAG